AUCGCUAACUUUCUAUUUCCGUGCGCAGAUAAUUGUAAAUAUUUACGCGAAAAAUUGCACUCGAAACGCACGAAAAUAGUGAAAAAUGAAGCAAUAAAGUGUGGGCUGGAUUGCCUCCCCCCUGCUGACCACAAAAACGGCGGUAAAUGCGCGAAAUCCGAGCUGCAAGGACGCGAACCUAGUCCGCAGAUCUGCGGAAGUGUUGGUACAAGUACAAGCACUUAAUUGUAUUUGUAAUUGUAAUUGCCCAAGUGAAGUGCCAAAAAAAAGCAGCGCUGCAAAUGCUGCAGGCGUAAGAGCCCACGUAAAUAGGGCGCUGCAAGGUGAUAAUGGGCGUGGCGAGACGAGGCUUGGAGAGCGGAAGAUAGCAGCCAAGACGAUGACGACGAUCAAAGCCAAAUUCAUCAGCUUUUAAAUAUUUACAAAAAACAGGCAACAUUCAAAAUACUCACCAGACAAAAGCACAAAACGAGAUAGCAAACGCAACGCACACGGAGGAGCAGUUAUCAGCGGACCAGCGGCUGUAAAAGCCACCAAAUCUUACGCACACACAUACAUAAUGUGGCUGCGGCAGAGCAGCGGCAGCGGCGGGGGCGUUGCCUCCGCUGGACACGGCGGCCCACUCCGCCAGCGACCCAUCGACGCCGCCACGGACUGCGAUCCGCGCGCCUGCUACGACAGCUUCUGCAAGCACUGGCAGCAGGCCCACGAGAUCAUCCAGCACAGCGCUCCGCCCUCCCACGACGACGUCCUGGGCGUGGUCUCCCACCUGGACUACAUGGUCACCCUGCUGCUCGUCGAAUUGCAUCAUUGCAACAAGGUCUCGCUGCCGGCGGCCGAGGCCAGUGGUCCGCCGGCGGCUCCCUGCCUGGAAUUCCUGCUCAGCGAGAAUCUGCUGGACAAGCUGUACGAAUGGGCCUGCACCACGGGACGCUACGCGAACGCAGUGCGUCUGGAGCAGCUGAAGCUGUACGAACUGCUCGUCAGCCACUCGCGACACCAGCUCCUCUGCCACGAACCCUUCCUUCGGCCCCUGCUCAAGAUACUGGCCUCCAGCCAGGGCGAGAUCUUCCCGCCCGAUCUCGAGAAGCGGCUCGUCAUCCUGCUGAACCAGCUGUGCGUGGUCCUCAUGCAGAACGUCCACCUGCUGGACCUCUUCUUCUUCUCCGCCCAGACGCAGGUCCAGGAGCAGAUACUCAAUGGCAACGUGGCGCAGCCCAAAAGUGGAACCACAACCAAUUUCAUCAUCUUCUCGCUGCUCAUCCCGUACGUCCAUCGCGAGGGCAGCCUUGGCCACCAGGCCCGCGAUGCGCUGCUCCUGUGCAUGGCGCUUUCGCAGAAGAACUCCAACAUCGGCACGUACAUAGCCCAGUACUCCUCGAUCUGCCCGCUGCUGGUGACCGGCCUGGGUGGUCUCUACUCACGUCUGCCCAACAGCAUCGAGAUCAGCUCCAUUGACUGGCAUCGCAUCACGCCGGACGAUGUGACGGAGAUCCCCGAGCUGACGCUCUUCAUGAACGCUUUGGAGUUCUGCAAUGCCGUCGUUCAGGUGGCCCACGAGAUGAUCAAGCAGCAGCUGCUGGACUUCAUGUACCAGGGCUUCAUUGUGCCCGUCCUGGGACCGGCGAUCCUUCAGACACUGAAGGGCAAACAUUUUCAGACGAACAUCGACUCGCAAAUCUCGGCCAUGUCGUAUCUGGACCUCAUCCUGCGCUCCAUCACGGAACCCGGUUUGCUGCGCGCCUUCGUGCGCUUUCUGCUCGACACGGAAAAGUUUGACGGUGAACGGAUACUGGAUGCUCUGGUUGAGCGCCUGAACUCACCGGAUGCCAAUCUCUGCAUGGUCACGAUGGCCCUGUUUGACACCCUGCUGGGACUCCACUGCGAGGAUCUGAUGCUGGAGCUGCUGCUCAAGUUCAUGCUGCCCGGCAAGCAUGUGCCCAUCUCGCAUCGCCACAAGAUCAACAAGAUCGAUCCGUACUUGAACAGCAGUGAGUUCUUCCUGGACCUCUCGCCCGAUGUGAUGAAGCGGGCCCGGGAUCUGGCCAGGCCCAAGAGUGUCCACGAGCAGGUGGUGGGUGAUCUAACGCCGCUGCCCAGUCUCCCGUCGCCGGUGAUGAGCAAGACGAUCGGAGCCAACUGGAACUAUUACGGCGUGCACACUGGUGAUAGUUUGUAUGCUAAUAUCCAAGCCUAUCUCUUCGAGGCCCACUGGCGAAUCGCCCAGUGUCAAAGGGAUUGCCUCAAGUGGGCCAACAGCUAUCGCUACCAAAAGUGGCCACGCCACGGACAGGGAAAAGUUCACGCCCACGCCCUGGAACUGGCCAGGCAGUUCUUCAGCGAAUUCGGAGGAGGUGGAGUAGCUGUUAUCCCCAGCGAGUCGGGUGAGAAGCAGCUGGAUAGCUUGCAAUCGAUAGGCGAGUCCAGCGGCUACGAGUCCUUCAAGUGGCGACCGGCGGACGAGGAGAGCGAGGCCACGGAUUCGACCUUGGCCACCACAGCCAGCGAGGCGGAGCUGGAGCACAACAGCAGCAGCAUUAGCAGACGAGAAGCCUGGCGCGUAUCGCACAACAAUCGCAAUGAGUUGCUACUGACGGAUCUGGAUUUCUCGGAGGAUUUGUUUGCGCAGGGCACCGUAAGCUUGGGUCCCUUUCUGAAUGCCAUCUGGGGCAAACUGCAAACCUUCACGAGCAACUCGCUGUAUGUCAAUCUUCACCUGACCGGGCUGAUAACCCGCUUGGCCUGGUAUCCCCUGCCCUUGAUUCACUCGCUGCUGCUGCGCUCUGACAUCGCCAUCACCUCGGAUACGCCCUCGUUUCACCAGGUGCUGCGUAUUUUGAAGCAACAGAUAGAUGCUGAGCUGCCCGUGACGGAGGAUUCGCUGGAGAUCAUUGAUGUGGCGCGUUCGUCACUGAUUGAUCGCGAGUUUCGUUUGGCCAACGCAAGGAAGGGCAAUGAGGGCUCGCCAAUGCAUCACAAUCAACAGCAGCAGGUGGUCAGCAAUUCCGGCCAGCAGCAGGGACAACUGCGGUCCGCCUACGCGACUCUUUCGGCUGCCACGCCCGUGCAGGCCACGCCCACCAGCGCCUACGAUCCCUUUAAGCGAAGCGACAACAAGAGGCGCAGCAUAAGCAAAUCCAUCACCAGCAUGUUUAGCAGGAAAUCAAACUCCUCGUCGACGGCGCCUCCGAAUGGCUCCCCCGCUUCAUCUGGCUUAUCACAAAUUUACGCAUUCUUCACCGGAGCUGCUUCGAACCUGGUGGGGAAUAAUGCCAGUGCCGAGGGAAGAGGUUUUCCACAAGGGCAGACGGGCGGCGGCACAUGCGAGACCAGCUUGAGUACGCAACCGCAAUCGGGAGCAUCACGAAUUGGAGCCACGACCACCUCGUCAGCGGCCUCUGGGAGCAGCAGCAGCAUCGGGGGAUCCACCCAAACCCUCUCCGCCCAGUCGAACGCCACCAACCACUCGACGAGCACGCUGCACGGCCUGGACGGAGGCCCGUCGACUGGUGGCUUCAACUCCGAACCAGUGUCCCUUGACUCGGUGGCCUCCAUGGGAAUUAUCGCCAGCACGAGCGGCACCGAACGAUCCCGGGACUUGGCCCUGUGCGCCGUGCUCAUGGAUGAGUGGCUCAAGGAGCUGGCGGCCAUCGCCCAGGAGCAGAGCGUGGUGCUGGUCACGGAGCAGGCGUCUUUAUGAUCGCUUGGAAGAGAUAGCACAGACGACUUGUGUAUACAUAUUUUACGGAUUUGUUGCCCCUUGUUUGUUUUAACCAACUACUCUUACGAAAUUAUUUCUUUUUACCUGUUAAAUUAUCGAUAUUUAUAUUUUAAACAACCAUUUUUAACGAACAAUGCCGCAAUGUUGAACAGAUUUACAGAAUAAUGCACACGGACUCAACGACAACAACAACAAAAAAAGAACACUCAAACACGCGUUAAACAAGCUAGAAUGUAGGUCUAAAGUUGUAAGUGGAUUAGGACGGUGGAUUUUAAGUGUUCAGAUGUAAACAAAUAUUCUAAUUAACAGCCGUACGCAAGAUUUACAACCUUUAUAGAGAGAAUUAUAUAACACACAUACCAUGUAUACAUAUGUAUUUUUGCAAUAUAUUUUAUGCUUUUAUGUACAUACAUACGAUCAAAUUACACACGUUAUGUAAAGCUGACUUGAAAGUAUUAAAUUGGUCCAAGUAAAUGCACAGCCAA